GCCCACUCUCGCCGCGGUAUCCUGGCGGCGGCGGCUUUGUCUCUUGGGCUGGUCCCUGGCGGCUCCCUCCCCGGAACAGCUGCCACCGAGGGAGGAAGCGGCGCGGUCCAGAGCCCUAGUGCUGAAGCCCCCGAGCCCUCGUCAUCCACCACCACCAUGUAAGGGCCAUGAAAAGGGCUCGUCCUGGCGCAGCGCGGACAUGGAGGAGGACUUAUUCCAGCUAAGGCAGCUGCCGGUGGUGAAAUUCCGUCGCACAGGCGAGAGUGCAAGGUCAGAGGACGACACGGCUUCGGGAGAGCAUGAGGUCCAGAUUGAAGGGGUUCGUGCAGGCCUAGAGGCCGUCGAGCUGGAUGAUGGGGCAGCUGUGCCUAAGGAGUUUGCCAAUCCCACCGACGAUACUUUCAUGGUGGAAGAUGCGGUGGAAGCCAUUGGUUUUGGAAAAUUUCAAUGGAAGCUCUCUGUUCUCACCGGCUUGGCUUGGAUGGCCGACGCCAUGGAGAUGAUGAUCUUGAGCAUCCUCGCGCCGCAGCUGCACUGCGAGUGGCGGCUGCCCAGCUGGCAGGUGGCGUUGCUGACCUCGGUGGUCUUUGUCGGCAUGAUGUCCAGUUCUACCCUCUGGGGAAACAUCUCAGACCAGUAUGGCAGGAAAACAGGGCUGAAGAUCAGUGUGCUCUGGACCCUGUACUAUGGCAUCCUCAGUGCUUUCGCGCCCGUGUACAGCUGGAUCCUGGUGCUCCGGGGCCUGGUGGGCUUCGGGAUCGGAGGGGUUCCCCAGUCGGUGACGCUCUAUGCUGAGUUCCUUCCCAUGAAAGCCAGAGCUAAGUGUAUUUUGCUGAUUGAGGUGUUCUGGGCCAUCGGGACAGUGUUCGAGGUUGUCCUGGCUGUGUUUGUGAUGCCCAGCCUGGGCUGGCGUUGGCUGCUCAUCCUCUCAGCUGUCCCACUCCUCCUCUUUGCUGUUCUGUGUUUUUGGCUGCCAGAGAGUGCAAGGUAUGAUGUGCUGUCCGGAAACCAGGAAAAGGCCAUCGCCACCUUAAAGAGGAUAGCCACAGAAAACGGAGCCCCCAUGCCUCUGGGGAAACUCAUCAUCUCCAGACAGGAAGACCGAGGCAAAAUGAGGGACCUCUUCACACCCCAUUUUAGAUGGACAACCUUGCUGCUGUGGUUUAUAUGGUUUUCCAAUGCAUUCUCUUACUAUGGAUUAGUUCUGCUCACCACUGAGCUCUUCCAGGCAGGAGAUGUCUGCAGCAUCUCCAGCCGGAAGAAGGCGGUAGAGGCAAAAUGCAGCCUGGCCUGUGAGUACCUGAGUGAAGAGGAUUACAUGGACCUGCUGUGGACCACCCUGUCUGAGUUCCCAGGUGUCCUUGUGACUCUCUGGAUUAUCGACCGCCUGGGCCGCAAGAAGACCAUGGCCCUGUGCUUCGUCAUCUUCUCCCUCUGCAGCCUCUUGCUGUUUAUCUGUGUUGGAAGAAAUAUGCUCACUCUGUUACUCUUCAUUGCAAGAGCGUUUAUUUCUGGAGGCUUCCAAGCAGCUUAUGUUUACACACCUGAGGUCUACCCCACGGCGACCCGAGCUCUGGGCCUGGGCACCUGCAGCGGCAUGGCAAGGGUGGGCGCGCUCAUCACCCCGUUCAUUGCUCAGGUGAUGCUGGAAUCGUCCGUGUACCUGACGCUGGUGGUUUACAGUGGCUGCUGCCUCCUGGCUGCCCUGGCCUCCUGCUUUUUGCCCAUUGAGACCAAAGGCCGUGGACUGCAGGAGUCUAGCCAUCGGGAGUGGGGCCAGGAGAUGGUCGGCCGAGGGACGCACGGCACAGGUGUCGCUAGGUCGAACUCGGGCUCUCAGGAGUAGUGACCGAUGGGGGGCUGAGCUGGUUUUUGAGGCUGUAGAGAGCGGGGAGCUGCUGGAGCCCGGCUGGGGCACUGAUCGUCACUGCCCACAUCAAGAACUCACCCAAAGGUACCACCUGGACCAGCGAGGUUUUGUGUCUUGACUGUUUGCUCAUAUUUAUCGAGAUCCAUCCGGGGAUGGGGAGGCAUUUGCUCUGGGGGGUUCUCCGUGUGUGUGGAGGUUUGUUAAUAACCUGUGGAUCUGCAUGGGAAAAGUGCCACCUCAGCAGUGCCCGGUGACGCCGGUAGCCAGCUGGACACCAUCCAGAGUCAGCCGGUCACAGCCUCGGUGAACAACAACCAAAGGAUCUUUGCAGAUACGCUCUAGGCCGGGACCCCUGUGAGACCUGCCACUCACCCACUGGACCUGUUCUUAGGUUUCUCCUGCAUCCCCGGCCCCAGGCUUUCUUCUUUGAAAUUGCAGGUGACCUGGAUGUGGCCUAAGCAGCUUUUUCUUGGGUCUGAGAAAUGCUCCCAGGGAAGGGGCCCCUCGCUUUGCCUUCCCAGGGCUGAGUAGCGGAGACUCUGGCCGAUGGACAUGCAUUUGAACUUGAGCCGCAUGCCUCCACCUGGCCCCCUCUUGGAGUUGCUGUCCCUGGCUUCAGGGGAUCCAAAUGUGGCCAUGGGGACAGCUGGGCUUGCACUAGAUGACAGCCUCAGAAAGCUAUUACCCCCAGGAAUUGGGGAUGGAGGCCAAAGGGAGGUGAGAACCAAGCCCACGACCAAAGCAGGGGCCUCCCCUUUGGAAGCAGCAAAGGUCACGCCGGGGUCUUCUUUUCUGGCCCCCUCGUUGGUCAGGCUGAUUGGUGACUCUUGGGGCAAGAAAACAGUUAAGUCAGGUUUCAGUGCUUUGGAGUUUGAGCGCGGUGGGUGGCCAAAUGGACCGAGAAACAGAAAGAUGCUCCCCCCAGCCACCUGCUCCCGUGCGGGCCAGGGGACCAGGAAUCCUUCCUCCCUGGAUUCUCUGCCGUCCCUGCUGUCAAGGGGUGCCUUGGUCUUUCCACAGAGGCAGCUCCUGGGGUUCCAGCGAUGGACCCCACGGCAUGGAUACCAUGGGUAGGGAGGAACGGGAGGGCCCAGAUGUGUGAAACAUGUACAUUUUCAAAGAAAGAGAAGGGAGGUCAACUGGAUUUGGGGGUUGGCCUCCAGAGGAAGGCCUGAUGCUGUGUCUCAGCAGACAGCAUCCACCUCCACGAUUUGGUUUCCACGAGCCUUUUCCCCGUCAUGAAGGCAGGAACCCAGGGAAGGAGAGACGAAGAUGCCAGAUCCCAUCAAAGGCCAGAGAAGACUGACCGUCUGCUUGGAGAUAUCUGCUUGAAGUGAACAUUCCGAGGAAGCCAAAUGUGUACGUUCACCUUUAUUAAAACAUGUUGGUGAUGGACGUUGCAAGGGUUGAAGUUUGUUCGUUUGUCACAAUAUCCUAGUGACGGUUCAGCCUAACGGUGUUGCCAACUUUGUCCAUGUAGGGUAAGCUCAGUGCUUUCAUUUGCUUUAAUAUGAUAGUCUUUCCAGCAAGGGGGAAAAGGUGCACAGUUGGCGGCCAACUUUGAGUCUAUUGGAAGCAACGCUUCCUUCUAAUGGUGUGGAGGUCACAGUGGGUGACUUCUUCAGGCCCAGGUCCUAGAUCAACUGCAAAUCAUCCCACAUCCCUGAAUAUAUGUACUGCAGCCCCCUAGACCCAGGCGGUCAGAGGGGGCAGCUUGGCAGAGCUUCCUGUCUCUGACACCCACAUUUCCCUGGACCAUGAGUGGCUAAAGCUCUCAUUAUUUCUGGUCUGCUGAGCUCUCCUGGGUAACUAAGAACCUUUGCUUGUCUUUUUUGCCUUCCAGCUGGCCAGACACUGCCGGAUGAGCAAGUCCAUUCGCUUCACCCUCAAAUAACCUGGAGGAUCUGGGGGCUGCGGUGGGGAAGGAGGGCUUGGUGGGCAGAGGUGUUUUCCAGGGGCUGGAGUAAAGAGGCUUGUAGUUGUGGGUUUUCUCUUGUUGAGAAAAUGAAAGGUGAAAACUCUUGGCCUUCUAAAUUGCCUGCCCUUUUAUGAAAUCGAUAUUAUUGAAUGAUACAAGAGCUGCCACAAAAGUUGCCCAAACCUCUGAAAUGCGUGAGACCUUUAGCUGAAGACCUUUGUAUCUAAUUUUGAACUGUCCAAAAACUCCCCUUUUCAUUACUGGAAAUGUCAUCUGUUUCUCUCAGUGUUAGGAAAGAUUUUAGAAAAUGGCAAAAGAUGUUCAAUGUAGCCAGGGUUAUAUGGUUUCUUUCUUUCCCUUCAAGUAUGCUCAGGAAUACAUAAAUGGGAUGUGUUGGCAGUGAGAUAAAAGAGUAUCUUAGAGAUGGACUUUGAAAUGAAUAUGGAUAUGCAUUAUUUUAAAAUAAUGUUAAGCAACAGAGAGGCUUGAAGGAUAAGAUCAUCCCUUGGUUACUACAGUAAACAUCAAAGGACUGGGAUAACCUUGAGCUGCAAGCAACAGUAAAACCUACCAAUAGUAGUUUAACCCGUUAGAAUAUUAAUUGUUCAUUUGACAACAAGCCCAGAGUCAGAGAGUUCCAGGGAAGGCUCAGCAGCUCAACAAUGUCAUCAAGGACCCAGCUUCUUUUUGCCUUUCCUCUCUGCCGUCCUCUGCAUGUUGCCCAUUGACCCUAUGUGUGAAACCUCAUGGUCACAAAAUAGCUGCCAAAGUGCCAGGCAUCAAGUUUUUUUCAAAGAUGUUAGAAUGGGGAAGAAGCAGUCACAGAAGGUUUUCUUUCUAAAGGGUCUGUUGUUUUUGCUUGGAAAGGGAAAUCCCGCAGCAGAUUUACCAUUGCUUUGUAUUGGUAAAACCUGGGUCUCAUGCCCAUCCCAGCAUGAGCCCCCCCCUAGGGCUGGGGAAGGAACGGCCUGUCUCCCACAGGAUCAAGGGAUACCCACAGCCUCUUGAACACAAAAUGGAGAUUCUGGUAGAAGGAAGACAAUAGUGGUGGGAUGGGAGAUAGUUGAGAGAAACCUUGACAGAGUUCUCAUCAAGGCUGUUUUAGUUGCAAGGAAUAGAAAUUGUACUCAGAUUAAUUCAAAUCAAGCAGUACAGAUUUAAUAUAAGACUGGGAACAGUAGUUAAUUUCCUGGGGACUACAAAUGUGGGAAACAGAAGUGUAAGGAACAACAGGAAGAGGGGAAGGUUGUGGCAGAGUAUGGGACAUAGGGGGCAGCUACUACUCAGCUCCAGCUGAUUUUGUUGUACCAUAGAAUCGCCUGAUUUUCAAGACAGGAAUCUGGAUUCUUAUGUGAAAUCUCCAAAUUUUAGUAUGUAAGAUCAAUUUUUUUUUAAUUUUAUUAUGUUGGAUUGUUUAAAUUUUUAAAUGUGUGACUCCAAUAAAAUUUAUCUGUAGGCCAGA